AUCUCCAAAACCUGUGUUAAUCGGCGUUUAUUCCUAAACCCUAUUCUCUCCACAUUCAUUUUCGCCAUAGGGAUGGCUGAACGAAUCAGACGUAACUCAUUUCCGGGUUGUAGGGUAAUGGCUAGAAAGGCUCCAGCUUUUGUCAGAAUUGACUUUUCGAAAGCAGGUUUAGGAGAAUUUACGCAGCAGGUUAGGAGAAUAAACGCAGCAGGUUAGGAGAAUAAACGUGACAGGCUAUGGGAAUUAGGUUAAGGUUAGGAAAAUAGUUCGUUUUUUGCAUUUCAGCUAACCCUAUCUGCCUUUGACCUAAAUUGGACAAAAACUGGAUCCCAUCUAGACAAGACCGAAAAUAAAAUAUUCGGCAAGUCAUUUUAUCUCAUCUGGAAGGUAAAACGAAAUCCUACUUAAUGCUAUAAAUGUAAGGUUUGUUUAUGUAUAUGAAAUUCGACGUAGGCCUAGUAUCUCUAUAAAUAUAACGUUCCAAUCUGUUUCUUUAUAUGAAAAACGACGUUACCAGAUGACCAUGUCGCGGUUGGAUACUGUAGCCAGCUAUGGGCUAGAGUGAUCCUACAGUAACUAUGUCCUGCGACAACCAGCAAGGAGACCAGUCGGCCUUGAAGGAGAGAAUAUGUACCUUUUUAAAGGUGAAGAAACAAGGAUCCACUGCCCUCCAGAUAGCUAAGGCUGUUGGACUAAUGAAGGCCAAGGAUGUAAACAGUGUCCUGUACACUUUAAACAGAGCUGGACUUCUUGAUGUAAUACCAGACAAACCACCAGUCUGGUCUGUGAGUGUUCCAGAUUCAGAUCGGGUGCCUAGUCCUUCUGAGACCCCUGGAUUCACAGUGGGCGAACUGAGGAGGGUGCUGAUGUCAAAGAGGGAUGGAAGAGGGAUGAGUGCGCCACAAAUUGCCAGAGAAUUGGGCCAAUCACAAAAAUUAGUAACUAUGUCCUGCGACAACCGGCAAGGAGACCAGUUGGACUUGAAGGAGAGAAUAUGUACCUUUUUAAAGGUGAAGAAACAAGGAUCCACUGCCCUCCAGAUAGCUAAGGCUGUUGGACUAAUGAAGGCCAAGGAUGUAAACAGUGUCCUGUACGCUUUAAACAAAGCUGGACUUCUUUAUGCAACCACAGACAAACCACCAGUCUGGUCUGUGGAGAAACCAGGGGCGGCGUCAGUCUCUGUGAGUGUUCCAGAGUCAGAUCGGGUGCCUAGUCCUUCUGAGACCCCUGGCAACACAUUGGAGGAACUGAGAAGGGUGCUGACGUCAAAGAGUGAUGGAAGAGCGAUGAGUGCGCAAGAAAUUGCCAGAAAAUUGGGCCAAACACGAAAAUGUGUGAAUAAGCAUCUUUAUGACCUGCAAAGUAGCGGCAAGGCAGAAAAGUUGGGAGAGAAAGUGUGGAAAAUGAAGAAUGAAGCAAGCUGUGGAGUAGAGCUUAUUAAAUACCAGAGUUAUGAUCAAGAUAUUUCCAUAACACCAAGUAGACCGCUCUUUAUUACGUCAAAGUGUUCCUAGAUGACCCAGAGGACUACCUGACCCAGAGGACUACCUGACCCAGAGGACUACGAUCCCAUUCUCCCCUGAAGAAAUUGAGAAAAAUGCAUAUUACCUCACAAGCUACCCUCACUAUUAAAACACUCACCAUAGUCUACCCUCACUAUUAAAACACUCACCAUAGUCUACCCUCACUAUUAAAACACUCACCAUAGUCUACCCUCACUAUUAAAACACUUACCAUAGUCUACCCUCACAACCCAUAUUGGAUGGAAACACGUACGCUGUGCAGAAUAUGGGGUAAGACCAGAGGAGAACGACUGCCCCCUCAAGGCCGACCAUGGUACUGCAGGCAUUUAUAGCAUUUAAACAGGAUCCCAAUUAUAGUGAAUGGAAAAAUGGCAAUCUGUGUGGAAAACCUUGAAAAAAAACAUUUAUAAUUCAAAGACAAUUAUGUUUACCAAUAGUUGCUUCUAAUACACCAGAUGUCCUUGAACAGAUUUAUUUUAAAAUCACACACAGAAGAAGUUAUAUGGAUAGUUCAGUUGCUAAUGGCAGCCUGCAGUACCUCGGUCGGCCUUCAACAUGAGUUACUCAAUGAGAGGGGGCAGCACUGAGCCAGCCUACAACGUCACUUCCAGGAGUAGCUCAAAGUGCUCGUGAUGAAUCCAUGAGACGCAAUCUUAACCGGUUUCAAUGCGCCAUUGAGUUUUCACAUAGGAAUGAAUGGUGUCACGUGAUCAAUGGCUUUGUCCAUUCAUAUACACAGUCAUUGGCUAAGACAUUACUGUCCCCAUUCUGUUCCCCCUAAACGUGAAUAGUGUGUAUCCAUCCCUCUUACCUUGUGUGUCUUCUGUAUGCUAUAGUUGAUGCUCAUUAGCAACUAUCAGCUGUUCAUUUACAUGUCGUAAUUAUGAUCCUUUCUCUUACAGAGAAGCAAAUCGUGAAGUGAAAGCACUGGCUACCUUGGAACAUUCUAACAUUGUUCGCUACUAUACGACUUGGCCUGAGGAUGCCAAUUGGGUCGAUGGGGGCUACAGCACAGAGUUA